CAGCACCACAUCAUCGUUACCCUACGAAGUAGUAAUCCACUCGAUUUGUAUUCACGCUUCUUCCUCAGACCACCAGCAUUCACACCAUGAUUAUUGACUUCUUUGCCUAAAGUAAGACGAGGAAGACCAAACCAAACAAAACUCAAAAUGAAGGCCUCUGGUCAACCGCCAAAGCCUGGGGAGGCGGGUUUCUACGACCCUGAGAUGGCGCAGAUGAAAGCAGGACCACAGCCGGGAGAACCGCAAGCGGCACCUAGUAGUUACGGUGAUGUAGUAGUCUAAGUGAAGAACAUCUUCACAUUGUGGUUCCCAGUACUUAGUUAGGGUGAUGUAGUAAGUGUAGAUCAUCACAUUGCAGGAUCCAUCACCUGAUUCAGCCUCCACAGUCCACACUCUAACUUGCAUUCUGGCUUUACCUGUUCAAUGUGCUGGUGCCACCAAUGAUCGUUUUUACGUGUAUUUUCCUCCUCUGCUCUGUUGGCCGAUAUCUACAGCCCAGUUCGAUAUACAUGGUCCUGUUUGCGGAGAUACUUUAUGGUGAUAAAAUUUCUUUUUUUCACGUUCAUUCAUUCAUUCACUCACGUAGAAGUGAAUUGUGGAAGUCCUCUUUUGCGCUCAUGUUGAGAUGCUAAACUAUUGAUAUUCCUGUUUCCUGAGAAAUCGAAGUUCGUGCUUUCUAACUAGAAGGUACACGAAGGCUAAUAAGGACGUCUUCACUCUCCUCUUUCUAAUCUGCCAUCUUCGGCAUGCCAUCUCUCUACUACGUCUUCAUCGCGAGACGCAUGUACCACACUUCGGCCCUGUUGGUCGCUGCCUUGAUCUUCGGACUCUACCAGGGAGAAGUGAUCUUCAGUUAAGACGGACUACUACUUUCUUUUUUAGCAUCUUCACGACUAGCUACUCCUGACUCUUCAGAAGUUAAGGAUACUCUACGACGGACUACUACUUUCUUCUUUAGCAUCUUGUAUCGUCUUUGAGUGGAUUCAUCGCUGCAUUCUGAAGUUUUGACGAGAUGAACCUUUCUCGAAAUAGAGAUGAACCCUUCUCUUAAGGCAAGAAAGGAAAGAGACUCAAGGAAGUUCAAUGCUUGUCAGGGUGAUGAAGAAUGACUACUUAUAAAUUAUACGGCUAAUUUCAGCACGAAAUGCUUCCAGUCUAUGCCAUGCGAGCCAUGAGAGAACGGUCAGGCGUCAACCCCGCAACUACGCCAGCAGAGUCCAUACAAGAUACAGGAACAGUGUAUUUUGCUGAAGGAACCGUAGUGGAACAGGGGAUGGGUAUUAUCCGUAUGCACUUGAUGGUUUUUUUUCUUGGGAACUCCUCUCCAGAAGAUUAGGGACAUCGACGGACAUCUCGCCUACUUCCACCUUGGUUAUUUUCGGACGAGAGAAGUCCACUGGUGACUAAUCCUUUCUUGUCAACCGAAGCAGAUCUUCUUUUCAACCGAAGUAACAAGAGUUUACUUUUUCAAAAAGAAAACAACACAAUGCAGCAAACCUAUUUAGGAUGCACAGAAUAGAAUAGAAAACAACUAAAUUCUAAUUCAGGUAUGUCCUACAAGAGUGAGGAGACUUACUGUGUGGCUCCAAUUUCCCUACGAGGGCAGACGCUCGUGAAGCAGGACUAUUGGGCAGUGGGUGUAGAUUGCUGCGAAUCAGGCUCUCCAACGUUUGAGGGGUGCCUUGACCACAGUGGUGGAGGCGUUUCAGGCCUUCGGGUGAUGUUUCUGGAACAAUUGCCGUUUUUCCAACUUGCGGUGGAGCAGAGUGAGUCGGAGUAUAACAUCUUAUGGACAAGAUGGAAUUUUCAAAGAGCUGAGUACCCACUAACUAGUUACUUGGAAUGGGAAAGAGCACCAGCAGAGUACCCACUAACUUACAUCGUCGAGUUCCCACUAACACUACUCCGCUAAAGGAGUAAGUACCCACUAACUAGUUGCUUACUACAUCUUCGAUCUCUUCAGAUUGAUUCUACUCCAGUAGAAUCAAUGGUUAGGGUGACAAUAAGUUAAAAUGGGGAAGCAGUUCGCCGAAACAAGUGUAGUUGGUGUUCCUCUGUCUCUUCUUCUUAUUUCGCCUCCCUCCUCCACUCUACUCUACCUACUCUUGCUUCCCAAAAAACUACCCAUCAAUGUUCUAACCUUCCGCGCUGGUGAAAAGCCUAUGUUUUUCUACAUAGUGAAGGAUCCUGUCGCACAGGGCCUCAAGUUUGAGAAGCGUGGGACGAUAAACAGGGUUCGCGUCUGCUUCGAGUUCCUACUAGUCAAUGUGCUGAUUGCACCGAUACUCACGUGGGCGUUGCCUUGAGGUGGUAGUUCAGCAAUUGCACCGAUGCUCACGUGGGCGUUGCCUUGAGGAUCGAUGUUUUGAUAGCACAGACAAGAACAUUGCAUAGACGAAAGCGAACUUACACAUACUACAUUUAGUCGUGUUCGCAAUUCCUGCAUAGAAGAUAGUCUUUUUGACAUGAUGACUUUGUCUGCUUUUUCCUUCCACCGUCAAUAAUAUGAAGAUUGAUGCCAGAUGAAGCAUGACGGCACUGCAUCGAAAUUCAUGUUAAUAUUGAUGACGUGUUUCACAGACGUUGAUCUUGAUGUGAUUCAACUAAGCAAAAGCAACCUUGCGGGGCUGUGCCGG